AUGUCAUACUACAACAACGCGGGGCCAGGCCGUGCCAAGUUACCGCAAAUAUCUCAGCAGGGGUACCAGUUGCCAACCACCCAGGUGGGUCAACAACCAAAUCCCCAAACUGGUCAACAUUUGAGUUCUCAGGCGGGUCAACACCUGAAUCCCCAAGCUGGUCAGCAUUCGAAUUCUCAGGCGGGUCAACACCCGAAUCAACUGAACCCUCAUCAACCUCCCGUCCAAAGUCCUACGGCCGCGUUCCAGUACCAGUUUGCGGAAGUAGAGAAGGCCGUCACAAACCUCUCCAAGAGCCAGUACACCAACAGCUAUGGGCCGAACUUGCAUUUGAAUCGGUACAGUAACAACAACAAUAAUAACAACAGCCACAACCGCCGUAGCCAGAAUUUUAACAACGGCAGCAGCUUUAACGACCUGAGAUUCGGGUCGCAGCAGUUCACACCUCCACCAAUCUCGACCAACUCGCAGAUCAACCACCAGCAGAUCGAGCAGUUGAAGAAGUACAACCAUGAUUUGUUGUCCCGCUACAACCAGGAUUCAAAUACUCGGUUUGAGGGUAACCGCUACCCGCAAGAGCAGGGCCGCUACUCGGAACCACCGAGUAGCCGUUAUUCGGAACUGGUAAACAACCGUUUCUCACAAGAUCCGGCGAUGAAUCGCUACUCAGAGCCAGCCCGCUCGGAUCAAACUCGCUACUCUCAGCCAAUUCAGCAACCGGCUGCCUUCUCUGGUGCUUACCAACAGCCAGCUUUGUUGGGUACGCAAACCAACGGGUCCUUGGCCCAGCCUCAGGCAUUUGACCCGUUCAAGUAUGGGGCCCAAGGAUAUCCUCAGGUUACUCCUCCGGUUGGCCAGACCCCCGGGUAUACCCAGACCUAUCCAGGUACGCCUCCAGUGAGACCCCAAGUUUCCGGUGACUACUCAAGACCUAACUCCUCCUCGUCCUCCACUGCCUCCACUAACAUCAACACGUUGCCCUCCUCGCUCGUCAUGGGCGCUGACGACGAUGAGGAAGACGAUAAUAAGUUACUUUCCUCCAUCCACAGUACCGGUGGCUUCGAUAUGACCGGUACGUCUCCUUGGGGCAAGGUCUGGGGCGACUCACAACAAGGCUCGUCUGUGACUGAGAACCACAACGGCCUUAUUCUCGGGAGUAGCCGGAGUAAGCCCUCGUCCACCGCUGCAUCUGUUUGGGCUUAG